GGAGCCCCACCUCCUCCUCCCACCUUCUGAUGAGGAGGAGAGAGGCAGCGAAGGGAGCAAGUCAGCCAUAGCAUCUCACCACCACUUGCUCCCUGGAACUGCUUCAGAUGAGCUCUUUUAUUCUUUUUUUUCGGUUUUCAAGCCGCCCUUCCACGAUCUUGAUGUCAGUUAACGUCUUGGUGUGUUUUCAGAGUGCGCUCGUUUCUUCUUUCUGGCGGACAAACUUGGACCGAAAGAGAUAAGGCAACCGUUGCAUUUUGGCUGAGGACUGAAGAUGGCUCUUAAGAAGGCAAUCCCCAACGGAAUGAGGGCUCUCAUUUUCCACUUUAAUCGUCAGAUAAUUUAAAGCAAACCGCAAAUUUAGAAUAUUUCUGCCGAGGGCGAGAACACAUCAGUCUCCCUUGACCACCGUCGGGAGACCAGACGAGGUUGCAGUCUUCUGAAUUUUAAUGCAGGAAAGUUAUAACCGGACUGAGUGACAGCUGAAGUUAUUUUGAGGAGGCAUUCUGGGUUGGUGGAUGUACCAGUUUUUGGACGGAUUGUGACAGAACGCUCAUCCAAGUCUCUCGUUCAGGAAAAUCUUCUCAUGACCCCAUGGAACGAAAUUUACUCGUGAUGCUGUUGUGGCUCCUGGUGCUGCUCCGCAGCUCUGCUGAAGGCAGUAUUCUGUAUCGGGUCCAGGAGGAGCAACCUCCUAACACACUUAUUGGCAGUCUGGCUGCAGACCAGGGGCUGCCAGACUCAGGCCAUCUGUACAAGCUGGAGGUUGGAGCCCCUUAUCUACGUGUUGAUGGAAAGACCGGAGAUAUUUUCACCACUGAGAUCCCCAUCGACAGAGAGACACUGAGAGACUGCCGGGUGCUUGUUCGGGGUAAGCCCUGCUACCUGGAAUUUGAAGUAUCUGUGACAGAUCUGAUACAGAAUCAGAGCCCGAGACUCAUUGAAGGACGCAUCGAGGUGCAGGAUAUCAAUGACAACACCCCUCAGUUCCCUUCUUCUGUGCUGACCAUAUCCGUCCCUGAGAACACAAUCAUGGGGGCACUUUUCUCCAUACCUUUAGCAACCGACAGAGACUCAGAUAGGAAUGGGGUGAGUGAUUAUGCCCUGACAGCGGGACAAGAUGCAGCAACACUGUUUGGUUUGCAAGUGGCGGAUGACAGGGGUGGCAAGCUACCACAACUUAUUGUUCUGGGCAACUUGGAUCGUGAGUUGAAAGAUUCCUAUGACCUUACAAUCAAGACAGUGGAUGGAGGGAACCCACAGCGUUACAGCAGUGCUUUGCUGCGAGUGGUCGUCACUGAUGUCAAUGACAAUUCACCCAAGUUUGAAAAAUUGACAUAUGAGGCAGAAGUAAUGGAGAAUAGUCCAGUGGGACAUUCUGUGCUGCAGGUCAAAGCAAAUGACUCUGACAUGGGCCCGAAUGGAGAAAUUGAAUACACCCUUCAUCAAGCAGGAGACCCCGUGCCAAAACUCUUACGAAUUGAUCGGUCCACUGGUAUCAUCUAUGUCAAAGGGCCACUGGACCGAGAGGAGAUUGACAGCUUGUCCUUCUAUGUGGUGGCAAGGGAUAAGGGUCCACAACCCAAGAGCUCAAAGACCUUUGUCACCAUUGAGGUGACUGACCAAAAUGACAAUCCACCAGCUGUCGAGAUACGUGGAAUCGGUCUUGUGACACACAGUGAAGGAGUAGCUAACAUUUCAGAAGACAUGCCGGUGGGAACAGCUGUUGCUCUGGUGCAAGUAUCUGACCAGGAUGAAGGAGAGAAUGCUGUGGUCACUUGUGUGGUUGCAGGAGAUGUGCCCUUCCAACUUCGCCCUAUCAGCGACUCAUCCAGUGACAAUAAGAGGAAAUAUUUCCUCCAAACAACCACUCCCCUAGACUAUGAAAGGGUGAAGGAUUAUCGAGUGGCGAUAGUGGCUGUCGAUUCUGGAAAUCCAGCGCUCUCUGGGACAAACUCAUUGAAAGUACAGGUAACUGAUGUAAAUGAUAACGCUCCAGUAUUCUCCCCUACCUUGUUUGAGGUAGAGUUUGCUGAAGAAAACCAACCGGGAGAGAAGGUUUUGGAUGUUAUCGCUUCAGAUGCAGACAGUGGCACGAAUGCAGACCUUCUUUAUAGCAUUGUGGCAGACACAUCCAUCAAGGGUCUCUUUGAGAUUGAUCCAAAUACGGGGGAAGUCAGAGCCCGUAACCCGCUUGAUCGUGAGCACAAAGAACACUAUGAGUUUCGAGUCACCGCAGCUGAUAAAGGGUCACCUGUACAUAAAGGAACAGCAAGUGUUGUGGUAAAAGUCCUUGAUCGCAAUGACAAUGACCCCAAAUUCAUGCUUAGUGGCUACAGCUUCUCAGUUUUAGAAAACAUGCCUCCCCUCAGCCCAGUUGGCAUGGUGACAGUCAUGGAUGUGGAUAAAGGUGAAAACGCUCAUGUCCACCUCUCUGUGGAGUCUGAUGGAGGGAAAUUCGUUGUUCAAAAUGGAACUGGCACCAUUCUAUCAAGCAUAUCUUUUGACAGAGAGAAAGAGAGCAGCUACACUUUCCGUCUAAAAGCAUUAGAUGGAGGGCAACCGCCGAGGUCUUCUUAUGUGGGUGUUACCAUCAAUGUACUGGAUGAAAAUGACAACGAUCCUGUUGUUACAAAGCCCUCCAAUUCUUCCUUUAGGCUUUUAUCGCCCCUUGCUUCCCCUGAUAGCCACGUUGAGAUUGUGGAAGCUGAAGAUCUGGACAGCGGGCCCAAUGCAGAGUUGGUCUUCAGCAUUGCAGGUGGAAACCCUUACCAAUUGUUUCGCAUCUCACCAUCCAGUGGAGAGAUUACUCUAGCAAAGGAGAUGGCCCGAAAAUACGGUGGACUACAUCGCCUGGUGGUCAAAGUGAGUGACAGAGGGAAGCCAGCACGUCACACCACCGCCUUGGUCCAUAUCUACGUCAAUGAAACAAUUUCAAAUGUCAGCUUAGUGGAAGCUCUAGUUGGACACAGUCUUUACACUCCAUUAGACAGGGAUAUCGCUGGUGAUCCUGACAAUGGCUUUGCAGCACAACGGAGCAACAUUUUGUUCGGAAGCCUUGCUGGAGUCGCAGGUGUUGUUAUGCUCAUCUUGGUGGUGGUUUUCAUUAGACACCGCAUCCAAAGAGAAACAAAGAGUGGAUAUCAACCUGGCAAGAAGGAAACAAAGGACUUAUAUGCACCCAAACAGGCACCAAAAAACGGCAAAUGUAAACGAGGUCGGAAAGGAAAACCUCAGAAAUCUCCAAAACCACUUGGGGAAGACGAGGAGGUCAGCCUCCAAAAAAGCCUCAAGUUCAACCUUGAUGCAGUCAAUGAUAGUCCAAGGAUACAUCUGCCCCUCACUUACUCACCAGAAAGCCCUGAUAUAGGUCGGCACUACCGCUCUAACUCCCCAUUGCCCUCCAUUCAGCUGCAGGCCCAGUCUCCCUCAGGUUCACAAAAACAUCAGGCGGUCCAGGACCUUCCGGCUACCAAUACCUUUGUAGGGACUGGAGGAGAUGACAACUCUACUGGGUCGGACCAAUACUCUGAUUACAGCUACAAGACCAGUCAACCCAAGUACAACAAACAGCAUCCCCAUCGGCGAGUGACCUUCUCCACCAACAACCCUGUGCAGGACCUGCAGGAUGCCUCCCAGCACAGUUACUAUGACAGCGGUUUGGAAGAAUCAGAGACACCCAGCAGCAAGUCAUCGUCUGGCCCACGCAUCGGACCCUUGACCCUGCCUGAAGACCACUAUGAAAGAACAACUCCAGAUGGCAGUAUUGGAGAGAGCGAACACCCUGAAAACGACAUUCGCUCACUGCCUGAUGUGGCAAUGACCGGAAACUGUACAACCGAGUGCAGUGAAUUGGGCCACUCAGAUGCGUGUUGGAUGCCCGGGCAUCCCUCUCCUGUACGCAGGACGAGGAACCCCCCGAAACUCUCCACCUUUGUGCCUUACCAGGAACGAGGGAGUCUGGGACGCCUGGCAAAUGGCAGCGCCAUUCUGGGUGGCGAAGAGCACCGGUCACGCCUUCCACCCUCUCGCAGUGCCUAUACUAGCAACGAUGCCAGUCAGGACUGCCCCUUGGAGGAGAUGCCGCUCAGUGUAACCUCCGACUUCCCGCCCACCUCGCCGCCUGCCCACACUCCUAAAAGAGAAAUCUAUCUGUGAAUACCCACCCGCUAAAUCAGUGCAGAAAUGAAGAAAAGAUCAACCAGUGGCAGUGCAACAAGUAAGGCUGCCCACCUAACCAAUGCCAAUGCCCAGUUGAAAUUAACAGUCGACAGUCAUGCAUUCAAUUAACGGCGUGAUCAUUUGCCAUCUCCACCUUCUAUUAAUUUAUUCGCAUAUUUAAGGCAAAUUCCCCAGUUAAUUGAUACACCGCAUCGUUUAUUUAUUCGUAAGGACGUGGAUCAAAAUGAGCUCGGUGAUUAAUGACUACUUCAGUAGUAACUGCUAGCUUAAUUGUUGUAGUUAGCCAAGUCCGACGCUGUCAAGUGAUCUUUCGAAUUUGAAACUUGUGAUCAGUGCUCUUGUGCCAUUGUUAGAUCAUUUUGAUAGACGGCCAAGAAGGCCCUAUCAAGUGGCAUUAUGCUUUUAACUAACAAUCAAAUGAAAUGUUCUCUUGUUGUACAGUGCUGUAAAUACAUUUUGAAUGGUGUGCUCUACAUAUAUUUUUGUCUGGCAGAAGCUGAUAAAAAAAAAUAACAAA